AUGAGGCUCCAUUACCCACCUUCCUUCGCAGCGGAGAAUAACCCCCACCGCACCGACCCUCCAGAUAAUCAACUCGAGUACCCCUAUAACUGCUGCGGCAAAACAACCAUUUACCCGUGCCGUGGCUAUCUCAAUCUCCUUGGAUCAGAUCAAGGAAAGCCGGUGGCCCGAUGGUCAGCGGGUUCGGCCCAGAAUUUCACCUUGAUUGGAACAGGGAAUCACUAUGGUGGCUCGUGCCAAGCGGGAUUCAGUGUAGACAAGGGCAAAAGCUGGAAGGUGAUCAGCAGUUAUGAAGGAAAUUGCCCGCAUCGUCGAGGUCGGAGCGACACUCCGAGCGAACAGGCCUUUCAGUUCACUGUGCCAUCGGAUAUGCCCCCCGGCGACCAUGUGUUUGCCUGGACUUGGAUUAACCGGGAGCAAGAGUUCUAUAUGCUCUGCUCUCCAGUCACCAUUACUGCCAAAGCAGCAGCCGGCCUGCCCUCUAAUUCUGCCUUUCCGUCGCCUCCUGUCCCCGCACCCUCUUCUCUACCCAAAGAUUCCGCCUCCUUGGCCGGUAUUUAUCCACCAAGACAAAUAAACCGCCCCACGCGGCAGCCGGAAUUGGAGCCCACCAUAGCCAGCAAGUCAGUGCGACGCCGAGGUCGGUUCAAGGUUAAGGAAGGGCGGCGCGGGCCAGAAAAUGAAGACCCACCCGCUAAUCACAGUGCUUUCGAUGAUCGGCCUGGCUUCCUGAUAGCAAAUAUUGGAAAUGGUUGCAAAACAGUCAACGGCAAGGCUGAGGUGAAGUAUCCCAACCCUGGGCCGGAUAUCGUUCGUGGAGACGGAGAGUAUCCCCUUGAGCUUCCGUGGCCAAUCAACAAAUGUAGUUAG